UUCUGUCAGUCUGUCUGAAAUCUGUUUCGUUCCUAGAGGUCAAAUUCUGUAAAUUGAAAUGAAAGAAUGCCACCACGCAGAGCCGUUGGACCACGGAUGUUGUUAACCGUAGAGAAGAAAAUCGAGCUGAUAGAGACCCAGGAACGGGAACAGCUUAGCGUAAGAGACCUGGCGAAAAGAUUCAAUAUUGGAAAGACACAGGCCUCUAAAAUCAUUCAAAAUAAAGAAGCCAUCCGACUGGAAUUGAGGAGCGGAAUGAUACGAAGGACCCAAAUACGGCGAAAUCCCCUGACCCAGCAGGGAUCUCACAUUGACGAAAUGUGCUUCGAAUGGUUCUCCAUGGCCCGGAGCGAAGGAAUGCAACUGAACGGCGAGAAAGUCCGCGAAAAAGCCAGAGAGCUGGCCGAGGAAGCUGGGUACUCCGGGUUUACAGCCUCCGCCGGAUGGCUGCAGAAGUGGCAGAAACGCCACAACAUAUCGUUCAACCCGCUUGACGACAGUCUAGCUAUGCCGCAAUUCGAGGCGGUUCUAGUGAAAAGUGAACCCAUAUUGCCGGACGAUGACUGCUCCGCCACAAGUGUAAUCCGCCCCAUAUACAACAUCGACGAGGCUAUGAUGCAGCUGUCCCGCCUGAAGGAAUUUGCCAAAGAUGACUACAUAUCGUACCAACAACUGCUGAGUCUGGAGAAUCAAUGGAACUGGAAGUGGAACACCAUGAAGAAGAAAGUUCCCUGACCUCCAUAAUAUUUCUCAUUUGUUUCUGAGCCAAAGUAGAUUAAUUUGUAGGAUACUUUAUUGAAAAACCAUAUAUAAUUGUAAAAUAAAUAAAUACACAUGCAUCUGGAGUAA